GUAGGCGUACAAGUUUUUUUAAGCAUAUUCGUCCAAAUUCUUGCCAUUGAGGAAAAAAAAUGAAACAUCCUUUCGAACCCAAAUGGUGCAAGUAUCCAAAUUCGUUUUUCUCCCCCGUUUUACGAUUUUUACUGUGGGGUCGUCCCGUUCUAACAAACAUAUGCUCCAACCGUCUGUUUCAUGAAUACUCACACAUUUUCCCAGCUUUAUAUCUGACAGUUUGUUUGGUAAUUGCCUCCCAUCGAUUCAUACGAGAACUGCUGAAUCCAGAUAGAACCAAUGACAGUUGGGUAUUUCCACCAUGGCUACGUGGUUGUUGCCAACGAACCAUUCGACUUCCAAAGCACUAUCUCCAGCUUGGACGUGCGCUCUUUUCCGUUCAAGCUCUGACACGAAGUUUGCUCGAACUGGUGACUGAAGAUUACGAGCCAAUGCUUGGGGUGGUGGCACUCGCACCCCUGUUCCUCAUGAUCGACGUGAUAGACUGCGUGCGGAUUUUGGGGGGACAGCGCAAUGGUUUUUGGAAGUGCCUGCUUCUGCAGGUACUCGCUAUGACCUCGGAUGUGAUAUUUUGGAGUAAUGUGUGUUGUUUAAUUUAUCAUAGCUAUUCGAACUGCGUGUUUAACAGUGAGUGAGUAAUGUAGAAACGCUCGUUUCCCUUGUGUUGUGAUUUUGUUUUAUUUCUCAGCAUUGAUAUACUUUUCUGGAAGUGUGAUGUUGCCUGUUUGAUUUUUGAAGGUUUCAUAAUUGUUCUUAGCUCGGUAAAAAGAAUACUUGUUUAUUUUUUGGUUGUGUUCUGUCGUGUUGUAUACUCAAGCUUCAAUGCGAAAUAUAUACAUGUGAGGUGAUAUUGACCAGCAUUUUUUUUGGUUUCAAAAAUUAUCCAAAACUUUCUUAUCAUUACAUGAUUCAUGCUCUCCUUCAUAAUAAUCUAACAUAAAUAUAAUUUUAACAGUUC